AUGACCUAUCGUUGCGGCAUCUGCGGUGCGAUUCAAGAGGCCAUGACGGAGGAUGGCCUGCUCGUCUACCCGGGAUCCUGCGGGGGGAAGACAAAAUGCCGUGGCUACAAAUGGAUUCCCAUCCCAGAGCGCGCCGUCUGCGAGGAAGUGCAGUUUUUAAAAGUUCAGGAGCACACCGACUUCUUUGACGACCAGCGCCAAUCCGCCUCUACGGAAUCAGAGGCGAAGGAGUCAACGAGUGGGGGAGCGUAUAAGGUGGUGGAGGUGGAGCUUCGCCAUCCAUUAUUGGAUCUGACGACAGUAGGGGAUACGGUCCGCGUGUGCGGGAUCCUGCACACCUACCGAGGCGAGCUUCGCCGUGCGAACUCCUUGUGGUGUGGAAUGCAGCACAUAUGCAUUCGCGCGCGCUCGAUUGAGGCAGCGAAGAAUAUGUGGUGGAAGACGGCCGGUUCUUCUGCCCAUAACGCUUCGUUGUUGUCUUCCUCACUGCAAUGGGGGGUGGAGACGGGUAGUUGGUGGUCGCCAGACGAGUGCGCCCGCCACUACGAGAUGGCGCGCCAUCCCCAGUGGUUCGCCCGCCUGACGGCAUCGGUCGCCCCCUCCCUCUACGGCCUCCAGCGCGCGAAAGAAGCCAUCCUGCUCGCGAUUGUGGGGGGCUCGCCGAACAACAAAGUGGGCUGCCGGAGCGGAAUCCACGUUCUGCUGCUCGGGGACCCUGGGAUGGGGAAGUCACAGCUGCUUCGAGCCGCCUGCGCGAUAGCGCCUCGGAGCGCUUUUGUCUGCGCUCACACCUCCUCUUCCUGCGGCCUGACGAUGACGCUCGUGCGGGAUCCGAUGACAGGAGGAGCGACCUUCGAGGCAGGGGCCGUCGUCCACGGCGAUGGCGGGGUGACCUGCAUCGACGAAAUCGACAAAACCUCAUCAGAGCAUAAGGCUCUGCUCGAAGUGAUGGAACAGGAGAGCGUCAGCAUCGCCAAGGCGGGGAUGGUCUUCUCGAUGCCUGUGCAUACCUCCAUACUCGCUGCUGGCAACCCCAUUGGCGGGCGCUUUGAUUUCACCAAGCCAAUCAUGGCGAACGUGAACCUCUCACCCGCGCUGUUAAGCCGUUUUGAUUUGGUAGUAUGUUUACAGGACCGACGGGAAUCGAAUGGUGGAUCAGACGCCCAGACCAACAGAGUAGGAACCGCGAUUCCCCCCCAGCAUGCCAGGGACUGGGAUAAUGGUCUCUCCAACCAUGUCCUUAAUUUGCAUCGCCGUGGUGGUAAUGAAGGGAAUGAUAAAAAACAAGAAAAGGAACGAGGAAGCGAAAAAGGGGGGCGUGGUGUCUCUUCCAGCGCGUCUCCCCGAUGUGGCGGAGUGGCGAUGCUUCCACACAAUUUAGCGCGGCAGUUCAUCCUCUUCUGUCGCUCGCAAUGCCAACCAACGCUCUCGCCUGGCGCCAUGGCGGUCCUCAAGUCUCAUUACCUCACCGAGCGAAGCGCGGCGACGGGAGAAGGAGAAGGAGGAGGAAGAAGUAAUUCCUCACCAUCAAUGGUUGGGGGAAGCGGCCAUCGCGAGGGGCUCAUCACACCGCGCUACCUACAAGCUCUAGUGCGACUCGCCGAGGCCCGAGCGAAGGUGGAACUCCGCAGCGAAGUCAGUCGUGAAGACGCGGAGUACGCUGUGAACCUUGUGCAGGACUGCCUUCGCAGCUUCUCUGCAGUGGACUCAAGCUCGUCUGCGGCGUCGUCCUCCCCCCUGAGCAGUCUGUCUGGGGGGAAAAGAAAGAAGAGUACGCAACGUGAGGUGGUGAUUGAUCUGCUCAAAGAGGCGAUCCUUCAAGGUGGUGGGGUGAAUCGACUACUGUACAGCACAAUUAUCAAGGCCUGUGAAGAGGCAGGCUGCAGGGAUGCGAAUGCAAUGCUGCACCAACUGAACGAAUUUGGGGUAUUGUUGAAAAGCGGGGAUAAGUAUAUCCUCCGUGGAGUAUGA